CGUGACGCUCACGUUCACGGAGUUCUGCGAUCGGUACGGUGUGCUGCCUGCGUUCGACACGUUGCAUCUGCUCGGCGCGCCGUCUGCCGAGGCCAAGAUGCGUGUGAGCGAUGCGUGUGCACAUAUGAACUGGUCUGACGCAUACGUGGCGAUCGGCAUGCACAAGGUGUUCUUGUCGCACGCCGUGUUCCGUGAGCUGGAGGAUGAGCUGCGCGCACGCAAUCCAGACGAGAUGCAGUACCAGCUGCGCAAGGCGCAGGCAGACGAGCAGGAUGCCCAGAACCACGUGACGGAUCCGUACUCGCCACGCGCGCUGGUGCCGGACGAGUCCGCGUCGGCGUGGCCUGCGCCGGAGCACGCAGCGCACGGCAUCGCGCCACGCACGAGCGACGACGACUUGGCGGCCGCUACGAACGCCGCGCCAUACAGCGCCCCCCUGCAGGGCACGCCGGCGUUCUCGUACUUGGGCGAGUACGACGCAGACGAAGCCAAAGGGCUUCUCGACGGCACGCUUGCCGCGGCCGAGGGAGAGGACCUGCUGCUGGACGACGCCAAAGACACAGGUCCAGGCGAGGCGGUGCCACCAGCGGGCGAGACGGUGAUGGAGCGGCUGCCCAUCUCGGCAGCGCGGCGGUACUGGGUGGUCCUGACGUGGCUCCUCACGUUCUGGGUGCCGUCGUUCGUGCUCAAACGGUUCCAGCGGCUCAAGCGCUCGGACGUGCGCAUGGCAUGGCGCGAGAAGCUCGCGAUCAACAUGCUCAUCUGGUUCAUAUGCGCGGUGUCGAUCUUUGUGAUCGUGUUCCUCGGCAACAUCAUGUGUCAGAAGCAGCAUCUGUACAGCACAAACGAGCUGUCGGGGCACAAAGGCAAGGAUGCAUUCACAGCGAUCCGCGGCGAAGUGUUCAGGCUGAACGGCAUCAUCGACGCGCACCUCAGCUCGAUCCCCGUUGUGUCGCGCAAGGUCAUGAUGCAGUACGCCGGGGCAGAUGCGACGCCGAUCUUUCCCGUGCAGGUCAAUGCGCUGUGCAACGGCCCGAACGGCCCCAUAUCCCCCUGGGUCACGAUGGACAGCUCGAACAGCACGGACCCGAAUGCCAAGUACCACGACUUUCGCGCAUUCCGCACGACGGACGUGCGUCCUGACUGGUACUAUGAGCAGAUGUGGUACAUGCGCAGCUUGUACCGCGUCGGCUUCAUCGGCUACACACCUAAGGAGCUCGACAACAUGCUGUCGGAUGGACGCACCAUCGGCAUCUACGACAAGUACAUCUACGACCUCACGCCGUACAUCGCGCAGGGCAACCAGGGUGGCUACCGCAUGCCCGAGGGCGUGGCACCGCCCAGCGAUCUGGAUCGCACGAUCCUCGCGCCGGACGUCAUCGAGCUCAUGGCACAGAACCCAGGCAAGGACAUCAAGGACCAGUUCGAUCGCCUGUCGCUCAAUGCCGCGACGCUCGAAAACCAGCGCGUCUGCCUGAGAAACCUGUUCUUCAUCGGCAUGGUCGAUGAGCGCAACUCGCCCCGGUGCACAUUCUCCAAGAACUUGCUCCUGGCUCUCUCCAUCGUUAUGGUCGCCACCGUCGGCUUCAAGUUCCUCGCAGCGCUGCAGUUCACCCGCUCAACGCCGCCCGAGGAGCAUGAGAAGUUUGUCGUGUGCCAGGUGCCCUGCUACACCGAGGGCACCGACUCCAUCCGCAAGACCGUCGACUCGGUCGCGCGCCUCCGCUACGACGACCGACGAAAGCUCAUUGUCGUCAUCUGCGACGGCAACAUCAUGGGCGCCGGCAACGACGCUCCCACACCGCAGCUGGUGCUCGACCUGCUGGGCGCCGAUCCGCACGCGCAUGCAGAGCCACGCAGCUUCCUCUCUCUCGGCGAGGGCACCAAGCAGCACAACAUGGCCCGCGUAUACAGCGGCCUCUACGAGCAUGCAGGCCAUCUCGUGCCGUAUCUGGUGAUAGCCAAAUGCGGCACGCCAGACGAGGUCGCCCGGCCCGGCAACCGAGGCAAGCGCGACUCACAGCUCGUGUUGAUGCGCUUCUUCAACAAGGUGCACUUUGGCUCGCCGAUGAGCCCGCUCGAGCUCGAGAUGUACCACCACAUCAAAAACAUCAUCGGCGUGAACCCUAGUUUCUACGAAUACCUCCUGCAGGUCGACGCCGAUACAGAGCUGGAGUCGAGCUCGCUCGCGCGCCUUAUCGCUGCGUUCGUGCGAGACAAAAAGGUCAUUGGGCUGUGUGGCGAGACGGCCCUCUCGAACGAGCACCAGAGCAUCACCACCAUGCUCCAGGUGUACGAGUACUACAUCUCGCACUACCUUGUCAAGGCAUUCGAGAGCUUGUUUGGCUCAAUCACUUGCUUGCCCGGCUGCUUCUCCAUGUUUCGAUUCCGCGCUCCCGACACACAGCAUCCGCUGUUCGUCGCCAACGCCGUCGUCGACGACUAUGCUGAAAACCGCGUCGACACCCUGCAUCUGAAAAACUUGCUGUAUCUAGGCGAAGACCGAUACCUCACGACGCUCGUCCUCAAACACUUCCCCGACUACAAGACCCAGUUCGUGCAGCAUGCCAAAUCCAUGACGCUCGCGCCCGACAGCUGGAAAGUGCUCCUCUCACAGCGCCGGCGCUGGAUCAACUCUACCGUGCACAACCUCUUUGAGCUGCUCAAAACGCCUCAGCUGUGCGGCUUCUGUCUCUUUUCCAUGCGCUUCAUUGUCCUGAUUGACCUGCUCUCAACGAUCAUCGCCCCCGUCACCAUUGGCUAUCUUGUGUAUCUGCUGGUCGUCGUCAUCGUCGAUGACAGCACAAUUCCCAUGACCUCGAUCAUCCUCCUCGCUGGCAUCUAUGGCUUGCAGGCGAUCAUCUUCCUCCUUCACCGGCGCUUCGACAUGAUCGGAUGGAUGAUUGUGUACAUAUUAGGCCUGCCCCUUUGGUCGCUCAUUCUCCCGCUCUAUUCAUUCUGGCACAUGGACGACUUUUCCUGGGGCAAUACACGCGUCGUCACUGGCGAGCAUGGCGAGCGGCUCCUCGUGCACCAAGAGGGCGCAUUUGAUCCGAGCGAGAUUCCUCACAUGACAUGGGAGCAGUACGAAAAUGAGCUUUGGGACCAGCAUCACCAUUCCCAGUUCGCCACAGGCAAUGACUCUCGUGCGCCUCCCGGCGCCCUGCGCCAACGCACCGCGAGCUUCAUGUCCAACGAUGCCUCAUCCACCAUGCAUGCGAAGGCUUGGUCCGCCCCGGGGCAUGCGUCUCUUCUCCAACCGGACGACGUGAGUCUUGCGGAAGGCAAAAACCCACCAAACGACACGACUGGUCUCGGCAACAUGGGUGCCCCUGAUCCUCAUGGCUGGCCGGACACAGUGCCAAUGCAGCCGACAUACAUCCAGCCCGUGUCCCAAGAACGCGGCGCUGUCGGCGCCGAUGCCGACCCUGACGCCGACCCCCUCUACGCCAUGGACACGCGAGUGCCCCCACCACGGCUACCGCCGAACGAGAUCAUUCGACUCGAUAUUCGUCGCAUCAUUGCAACCAACGAUCUCGCGACCAUCACAAAACGUCAGGUGCGUGCGCAGUUACAAGAUCUCUACGGGUGCCCAAUCGAGGAGAAAAAGUCGUACAUCAAUGCCCAGAUUGAAGCGACUCUCCGCACUAUGUAA